AUGGCAACCCCUUCUGAGGUCUCGGAUGAGAAUGACUGGGUUGAUGAUGAGGAACCUGGCAACACUCAAUCGGCUCCGGAGUAUGGAGAGAAGGUCGAAUUACAUAUGACGAGCCGCCAGCUUACGGCUGAGCAAGUCAGGGCGCUGCAGCCGUUGGUUGACGGAUAUAUUGGACUGCAGGGCAGUGAGAGGACUGCGUACGUGAGAGAGGCCUUUCAAUCUGUGUGGGAUGGGGAAACCAUGGAUUGGGCCGAUCCCCAUUCUUGGCCAUCACGAUCCAAGAAUGCACGCUUUCACUAUGUACGCCUCGCUGUAAAGAACUUCUUCAAGGAGCGUGGGCGUAUUCGCGAUGUGGUCGUUCGCCUCCCCGGCAAAUUUCGCGAUUGGACCGCGCUAUCAGCAUGUGGCGAGAUAUACAAGGAUGCGAUCAGCAAUCUAGUCAAGGACGUCACAAAACUGAAGCCUGGUGACAAGCAGGGAUGGUUGGCGGAGUACAAAAAGGCGCGGUCGUCUUAUUACUAUAGUCUGGGUGUGGCGGAGCGGCAGGAGAUCGACAAGAUCUGCAAGCAGUGGAAUAGGACCGGUAUACCCAUUACCAUAAAGAAGAAGGAGUUUGAUCGACACUGCAAGAAGGCCCUACUUGACGUUGCAGUCACUUGCCUCAAGCGCUACGGGAUUUAUGUCUACUUCCUGAUUGUCGGCGAGCCUGGAACUGACAUACGAACCAAUAUAAUCGACUUCAGUCCAGAGCUCGGGCUGGGCAGCGUACAUUUCGAGAACGAUACCAUCAUGGACAACACCUUAUCACGAUUGCAGAAGUUUGUGCACACCAAUGCGGGUGCGGGUGACGUUCAGGCAAGAAAGGCGAAGAAGCCGCCGCCCGCUCAUCGGUUUGAUAAGGUUACCGCCUUCCAGCUUCGUAGCGACCAUUUUCGCAACCGAAAUAGUCUCAAGAUCAACAAGAGCGAAUUUGAUCUAUCAAAGCUGGAGACGGAGGCCCCUAACAUUCUGUACAACUUGUUUCGUACAGCGCAUGCCAACAUAUCACCACGCCCACCCACACAGCUGAGGCCACCAUGGGCUGCUAUUGGACGCAACGAAUGCAUUGAUCCACGGUUCUUCCCGGAUGGCUGGAUACAUGGCGAUCCGACCACAAUGCCGCGUGCAAAGCAGUUGCAGUUGAUAGAGCAUCUGUUUACUGUAGGCGAGUUGGAGUUUCACCAUUGGGUUCUUCCCAAUAGCGAGCCACAACCACCUGUAGAGUUUGACAGGCGGUGGUGGGCAGCCACUCCGGGUGAGGCUGGAUAUGACGAGUUCGAGGCUGCCAAGGCACAGGCACUGGCUGCACGGCCCACACAUUUUGCGUCAACCCAGGCAACAUCCACGGCAGCCCCGGCUCCCGAAGUUGUUCAGUCGGAUCUCCAGGUCCGCCAUGAGAACCCGACGGAUGUUCGAGUCAGGACUGGUAAAGCCAAACCCAGCACAAGCCCAUAUGGCAGUGGACGAGCGGUACAGUUCCAUACACCUACUCUGUGGGAAGAGACAUCGUUUGCGUUCCCACCAGAGUUCCGUCCAGCACCUGAUCCCGACGACAAUCUCCCUGCUACUGGCAGCCUCCAGCUGGUGCAUGCACCUUGCUCAAUCCCCGCCAACUCCGAGGCACGAGGCCAAUGGAUGCACAAGGUUCUGUCGGAGGGUACGUGGGACGUCAGCCUCCCCACUCAGCUUGUCAAACACUGUCUUGUGAAGUUGUGUGAGCUACCGCUUGUACCCAACCACUUCUACUCUGCGUCCAACUUUCGAAAGGCGAGCUCUCCAAUUCCACUGCCAAACACGGUUCGAUGGGAAGCUACUUCGCUCGACCAUUUCCUGAACUACGACUGCAUUCCUGCUGUCCAGCAGUUCAUACUCUCAUCUCCUUGGCGGAUUCUCAAAACAUCUGGUGAAGUCUUUGCUGGCAUUGACGUGAGCUGGCUCCUGCUCCUUGCAUUCAUCCUGUACUUCCGAGUCUAUCCAACACUCGCACCAAGCGAAGCACUGGACGUCAGUGAUCUUUCGCGCACCUUGCGACACUUUAAGGACUUCCUCGCUUCUUUGCAUUCGACAUAUGACUAUCCCGACGUUGGUCCCUCCGCAAAGUAUGCUGUCGCAAGCAGCCGCGAGGCGUAUCUGUACAAUGUUAUCAAGUACGAGGAUGUGCUUGUCAGUCUUUUAAUGUGCAUACAGAGAAUGCCAGAUAGCGAGCUUACGACUGCAAACGAUAUAGCAUCAGGUGCUAGCUUUCCAUCGUGGCAGUCUCCGCGCUGCGGGCUUCCGCCCAGCCUACACUCGGAUCCCGCCAUUGUCCAGAACCUGACGACAUGGUUCACCACCUGUGACAUGUUCAUCACACCCUCGACUGGCAUGUCGGUUCCCCGUGAGGCAGGACUUCUUGCCCUACUGAAAGCGGUGUGUGUCUACCAUGACAUACAAUGCAUUCAGUUUGAGAACGUCGAUUCGAUGGGACAGCUUUCGCGGUCUCAUCUCGCACCAGCGGUCGAUCAGCUCUCUGGCAUCCUCAUUCAGUGGGCUGAGCUUUGUGUCGACAGACUUAACACAACACUGCCCCCUUCUCAGUCCGAUGGUUUUGAAUCCUCUCCCCCAUCCCCAUUGCAGCUGUCGGCUGAGGAACUCGACUUCAUCCGAGGUGGACAGGGAUUUGGCGCAGGCCCGUCGGCCUCCCAGCCUGUUGCCGGACCUUCGGGAUCCGGCGGAGGUGCGCUCGGAGGUCCGUCACGGUCCGCCGGGUCUAGCUCCCCACAGCCAACUCCACAACGUGGUCAAGAGCUUCCCCUCCUAGAUCCUGCCUACACCGAGGCUAUCGUGGCUCAGCCCAAUAAUCUGGCGUAUCUGCAGUCGCUUGUCGCACAAGGGGAUCAACCACCAGGAUCGGAGCGGGAUGCUCAAAGGCUACUUGCUAUCGAGAGGCAUAACCGGCUUGAAGAUCAAGCCCGUCAUAACGCAGCGGUGCUGGAGGCCAGGAAGGAACAUAAUCUUGAGCAGUACGGUACUGCAUACAAGCCUCCCGUCCCCAAGCAACCACUUCUGUCUGCCCUGCCCAUCAUCCCCGCUGCCCCACCACGUUCAUCUCCACCUCCCGAGGCCCUGCCACCCGCCCAACCAGCUACUCGUAAGACUAAACGGGCCCGCCCUGUGGAGGUUCAAGACCUGGCAAAUGUUCCUGUCCCAAAGCCGAAGCGCAUCGCACCGCGGCCCGUCAACAAGCGCGUGCGGCCAUCGAAACCGAAGGCUACCAAACGUGCUGGUCCUGUCUUACAGCCCAAGAAGAAGCCCAGGAAAACAGCGCGUAAGCGAGCUGAGGAGUCGGACUCUGAGUCUGCAGCUGAGACCGACUACGUCUCAAACAACGACGUGGGUGGUGCGGACAAUGCAGACUCAGAACCGCCAUCGCCAAGGAUGGCAUUUCCCAUUGAUUCACAUGCCCACCCAUCAACCCCACCACAUUCUACGACCUCUAUGCCGCAGGCUACUAGUUCAACGACACCGUCUCGUCCGAGGAUCGCACAGUAUGUUGCUCGAUCUCCCGUUUCGACACGGACUCGGAAGCGCCGUCGGAACAGUACCCAGAAUCAGGCCACUUCUCCACAAACGGUCGUUAUCUCACCCCCUCGACGUCAGCCUCCUUCAAAGCGCCAGAAAGUGGAAGUCUUAAUCCCGCGCACCCGACGCGUCUUCGCUACUGCGUCUACUACUACCAAGCCAAAGCCACGGAUGGUCAGAAAGAAGCCUGUCGCUGACGCAGUGUCCAUAAAUGCAGAGGACCAAAUCUAG